AUGCCAACAUAUGGUCGCAGCUUGAAGAAGGAGGAGACAUUUUGGGUUGUUCUCACCCCCAGCUCGAAGGAGUUUCAUCCGGAUACUCAGGCUUGCGAGGAUGGGAAUGCUUGUGCCUUUCCGGUACCGACUUUCAUGGAAGGCCCGCGCCUGGGCGACCCUACACAUGCAAGCCCCGAGGCCGAAGCCGGCACGUUCGGCUCUCGACUUCACGGGCGGCAAUGGUCGACAUCGACGAGUAUUGGCGCAUCCCACCCAGGAGGAUCACCCUCGGGCUCCCCGCACGUAACAGACAGCGUGACCUGCAUCCUUCCGCCCUACUUCCCGCACGCUUCCCAUGCAGUUCCCGCACAUCUAGCUGCCGCGCAUAGCACGGCCGUCCCUCAAGUGAUUCGAGCAACCGCGAGUGUACCGCCCCUUGACCACUCGCCUAACGACGUAUUCCAGCAUGUUGCGGGGCAAGAGACGAUGGACCAGACUCGUGUAGCGCCGCAAAACCAUCAUUCGCGAGCUCAGAUUGACAGCCAUGAUACGAUCUGGACUCUCAGCGAGGACUUGGGCUACCGUACGCUGUAUGACAUCUGUUCCGAACUUGAAAGGGGUCAAUGCGCCGCCGGCCUCACUCUUGCUCCACCAUGCUUCUCAGCGCAAACCCCUGCGCCGCCCAGCGCCGCGCUUCGACCACGCGUGACUUUCGACGUAGAGGUGGACCAUCUGCUGUCGGUACUUGAUCUGAUUCCUGGCCCUGUUGGGAUCACUCUGCCGGGAUCGGCGAAGAGAUGCAGUGAAGGCGACAUUCCUGUCUGUCCUCUCAGUCCUGGACGCGCGCUGCUCAAGUCAUCACUGGCAAACGUAGACAUUGUCCCCACGAUCGCACCCCGACAGAUAUACCCUACUAUCGCACGCCCCACUUCCGCACCAAGCACGUUCGUUACCAACCAGGACCUUGCGAGGCGGCCAAUCCCCCAAUCCUUCACGUACGGUUCGGCUAUGAGGGAGCCGCCAUCAAUGAGCCGGGAAGACCCUCUUCUUCAAAUUGCUGGGUCGAGGGCCGAUUUGUACGAUGGAUCCCAGUUACUGGACAGAACCUACCUGAUGUACGACCCAAAGGGCUUACCCGGAUCAUACGACGACUCGUUCAUGGGCUUCGUCAGAGACCCAAAGAAGCCCUAUUCGAAUAAUUGCAACACGAAAAGUCGGACCAGGCUAGUUCCGCGGCGCCCCUCGGGGCAUACCAUCUCUCGACUGGACAGUGCUUCUUACCCCCCCGGCCGAAUCAUGGGGGAGUCGAAUUGCGAUGUCAGUACAUCGGCGAACCCAGCCCGGCCUUCUGGGGUCGCAGGCGCUUUGCAGGGGCGCCUUGAUGGAGAAGACAGGCUGCAGUUAGAGUUCUCUCCAAAGAACACCUUGCCAUCAAAUGCCACAACCCCCUUCUUGCCCGCCGGCGGGUCUCAACGUGUGCUUGGCGAGGUCGCCGAUAUCCCCACCCUGUCCAUGGAUCGAUCUUAUCGCAGUAGCAAGCGCUCGCGUGCUAGUCAGGACAUUGGAGAGCGCCCUCGUAUCAAAAGGCUAUGCAUCGAACGCGAUGACCUUGCGUCAUCCUACACGAGUAUAGCAUCCCCCGGAGACGUUCGGAGCCCGCCUGACUAUGCGGCGACGCCUACAAUCUUGUUCACGCCAGCCCCAAGCGACGAUGGCAUAGGCAUGCCAGGACGUCCGCCGCUCUAUGGCCGUACCGCGCUCUCGGAUGUCACAGCGCACACAGUGUCUCUGAGUGGCCAAUAUUCUCCGUCGAUCGGCCUCGGCGUAUGGCGCGGGGAAGGGCGGACGGUUCGAAGUUCAGCGAAGGAUUAUGCCAGACGGCUUGACGUCUACCAGAAAGCCUCUUUGCCCCCCUCCUCCACAUUGCGCACUAGACCGCCGCUCAGUACUCCUUCCGCAUCGCCGCCUGACGACUGCCUCGACCGUGCGAUGGAGAUCGUCAACCUUGAUGCCAUUGUUAUCAGCUACCCUCGUUGGGUGUGCAAAGCCCUGUUCCCGUCCAGUUACCUAGCUGUCACUGUGGCGUCAAUGAGGAGGAUGACACACAGUUGGCCCGCAGGCUACCUGCUGGUCUGCCGUUUCCGCUCACCCGGGCGCUCUCUAUGCUUGCAUAUCAUUCAACGGGUGCUGAUGCUCAUUCCUGACAUCAUCCGAGUCAAGCCCCCGCUGGCGUCUCCCUCGUGUCCACCAAAACCCUUCGUUUUUAUUUCAGACAUGUUGCAUCGGCAGUUACUCACGCUUCGGUGA